CGUUUCGCUCGAAGCAUCAGAGCUUCAACCUUUCAGCUUUCCUUCCCAGCUCCCUUUCCCAAGUUACCAAUUCUUCACUGACGGCGAAAUUCAAACUUGAUUGUGAACCGAGCCAAUAGAGCAGCCGCCGGCGCACCCUGCAGAGACCCGGUGUUACUACGACUAAUCAAUUUCACAAAUCACCUCCCACGCCAGCACGAUGAGUGGUGGAUGGAAUACCAUCGAGUCUGAUGCAGGCGUCUUCACCUACCUGCUCGAGAACCUCGGUGUCAAGGGCGUCCAGUUUGAGGAGCUUCUGACACUUUCCCCUGACGAGCUCGCUCCACUGCAACCCAUAUACGGCAUCAUCUUCCUCUUCCGCUAUCCCUCCGAGGGUCUCCCCACGCGACCGCAGGAGUCCUACGACCGCGACGCCGCUGAAAGCCUCUUCUUCGCCCAACAGACGAUUCAGAAUGCAUGCGGCACACAAGCGCUUCUCAGCGUUGUCCUCAACAAGCCAGACGAGGUCGACAUUGGCGAGAAGCUCUCGGAGUUCCGUGAUUUCACUAUGGUCCUGCCACCUGAAUUCCGCGGCGAGGCUCUCAGCAAUUCGGAUCUGAUCCGCGAAGUGCACAACAGUUUUGCCAAGAGCAGCCCCUUCGUUGACGAGACGCAGAAGACGGGCGAAGCCGAGGACGCCUUCCACUUCAUCGCCUAUACACCCAUCAACGGCAAGCUCUACGAGCUGGAUGGUCUACAGCCCGCCCCCAUCUCGCACGGCGCCUGCACGACCGACGAGUUUCCGAGCAAGGUGACGCAGGUGCUGCAGGACCGCAUGCUCACGUACGCCAGCUCCGAGAUCCGGUUCAAUGUGCUGGCCAUGGUGCGCGACCCGCGGAUCGCCGCAAAAGAGAUAGGCGACGCCGAGACGCUCGAGCGCGAAAACGAGAAGCGCCGCAAUUGGCGGUUUGAGAACGCCUUGCGCCGGCACAACUUCGUCGGCUUCGCUGGCGAGGUGCUCAAGGGCGUUGUGGCCCAGAAGGUCUCGAGCGGAGAUGCGGCGUUCGAGGCGUGGAUCAAGGAAGGCCUUGAGCGUAGAAAGAGAGACGAGGACGCGGUGAGACUGAGGCGGAAGAUGGCGGGUGGCGGUGGUGACGAUGACGAGGAUAUGAUCGGCUAAACGUGUCAAUAAUACCAUGGACAGGCUGGUGGUGGGGCUCUUGACUUAUAAAAACAAGGCUUGUGUGUGCUCUGAAGGCCUACCGUCGCGGAUGCCUCGAUGCUCUGAUGGGACUUGGGAAAAGGAUUGGGGGCACUCAUUCAGUUGGUCGGCAGCAGUCUCCCCUACUCUCAACCUAUAACUCAUUGUAUUAUUCCACCCGUGGCAAAUGUGAACUGCGGCAUCAUGGCGGCAUACCCCCGUCGACGGGAAUAUACGGAGAGCUGUCUCUCCCAAUCGACCUUG